CACUGCCUUAAAAUGCUCUGGGUAUCGUGUUACUCCCUGCUCAGGAACCUCUGGGCAGCCGGGCUUCACUAGAAGUGUGACCACCUGCAGGAAAGACUUCUCCUUUUAUCUUCUCUGUUCACCGCAGACGCUUAAAUUUGCCUCCCCAAGAGUCAAGGAAAAGACCGCCUCAUGGAACUGGCCAAGUGGACACCUCAGGGAAUCCCCAACCAGACCCAGGCCAGCACUGGUCUCAGCUCCCUGCUGAGGGACCACAUGGAGGGGAGGAGCAGCACCAACUCCACCAGGGCCCUGAAACUUCCAGACGGGACCAGUGCUGCCUGGUACAUUCUCACCAUCAUUGGCAUCUAUGGAGUGAUCUUCCUCUUCCGGUUGGCCAGCAACAUCCUCAGAAAGAAUGAUAAAUCUUUGGAAGAUAUUUACUACUCCAAUCUGACCUCCGAACUCAAAAAGAAAGGUCUCCAGAGCAAGGUGGCCGAAUGCUCUGCACUGACCAUCAGCAACAGAGCUGUCCUGCAGCCCAGCCAGGCCAGCCUGGGGCCAAAAUAUAAAAACAGCGAGAGCCAAACUGAAAUCCAGGGGAUCCCUUGAAAGUCAAGGCACGCCGAACUCCACAGAAGAGGCCCAACCUUCCUACCAGGGGAGACAGCUUUGAGUUUACUUGGAACGUUGAGAGAGGAGUCAGGUACUUGAAUGGGGCUGGAAGAGCAUCUCUGGGGCAUGCUCUUAGGCCAGUGGGAGAGUGAUCGGAGCCAGUGUCCCAUUUCCUUCUCAGGCUUUGUGGCACUUUGAGACAGGACAGCAGGGGCGGCAGUUUCUGAUCAUACCCUUCACCGGAAAAGCUUGCAUUCUGGGGAAGGACUUGGAGCAUUCAGUGUUCUCAAAGAAUCUAGGAGAUUCCUGAGGGUAUAUGUGAAUGUAGCCUCUUGUCAUGGAAAGAAGGCUGAAUUUGGAAUCGAGCACCUUGGGUUCAAGUUUUCAACUUCCAGGGGGGUCACAUGAACUUUGAAUGACUUGUGGCUCUCACCUGGAACACAUGGCAGUGGGCUGUAUGGUUUCAAAGAGCCAUUAAUUCUAGACGUUCUCACUUGACUAUAGAACCAAGGUUGUUAAUAACAGAAGUUAGAAGUUCUUCAUUUUCAUUGAGGUCAUGGCAUCUAUUGAAAAAGAGCAUUGGUUUUGGAGUCAGAAGAAUCAAACUCUAGUUAAGGACACUUUGAUGUCCUUGGACACACCACCUCAUUUCUCUGGACCUUAGUCUGCACACAGAUAAAAUGAGAAUAAUAAUGUCUGUUCUGCCAAUCUUGUAAAAUAGAUAAGA